ACUACAAACAUGAAAACGAUAGAGAACCUAAUGUGGAGACAAAUGAAGGGUUUGGAUAGGACCCUUGGUUGGAAGGGUAAGGAGUCGGUUUCUGAUGGUCUAAGCUGCUUCAAGUCUUAGAGAUGUUGUAGAGGCAUGAUUGGUGGUGAAGAUUUCGUGUUCCUCCCUCCAGAUUGUGUAGAGGGUAGCUUGGAGAAAGAGUUUUAGUAGAACCCUUACUUUUGUAUUCUGGUGUGGCAUUGGACAAAGAGACCAAGAUGCAAUGGUUUCGACUAAUCAUUCAUUGGAGGACAAUGAUCAAAGCUAGUUGCAUAAGCCAAAAGGCGGCAAAUCUUGUGGUAGAACUUGCAUUUGAAGAAUGGAUGUGAGUGAGAUUCAACUCGCAAAGAGGACAUACCAAGAAAACUUUUCUUGCCCCGUCUUACUAGUCUGCUUCACGAUGAUAUUGGAUGCCAAGCAAAAUGAAUAAAAAGCAAUGCAUACCUUCUCGACCUGGAGUUUUCUAAUGGUUUCUUAAGUUUAUUUCAUGUGUCAUGUUACACAAAUAUCUGUGGAAACCCCAUGGAAAGACCAUAAGGGAUUACAAAAGUAAUAUUAGUCAAGUAUGGUUCUUUGUUUGUUUUGUCAUCUUAAUCUAAAUGGUUUAUUGACUACUUUUCCAACC